AGGGUGUGAGCGGACAGGCUGGCAGGUAGAGCUGCAGCUGCAACUACACACCGCUCUGCGUGUGGAAAUGUCCCCGCUCCGCCGUCCAUACGUGCAGAUGAACCGUGUCCCCGCACCGCGGCUGUAGGCUCGGAGCUCGGAGGAGAGACCGCGGUGGAGCCAGCAGACCGCCGGGAACCCGAGCACCUCUCCCGGCUUCCGGGGGGUUCCGGGGCCGCAGCGGUGGACGGAGGACGUCGGUCGGUCGGUAGCUCCGGGGAAAUACCACCAACACCUCUCGAGUUCAGCCGCUGUCGAGAUCGAGAUGUCACGGAAGCUGCAGAGGACGGAGGUCUGCGCCGACUGCAGUGCGCCAGACCCAGGGUGGACCAGCAUCAACCGAGGCGUCCUGAUCUGCGAUGAAUGCUGUUCAGUCCACCGCAGCUUAGGGCGUCAUAUUUCCAUAGUAAAGCACCUGAGGCACAGCGGAUGGCCCCCCACACUACUGCAGAUGGUUCAGACUUUGGCCAGUAAUGGGGCCAAUUCCAUAUGGGAACACAGUCUCCUGGACCCCGCACAGGUGCAGAGCGGUCGUAGGAAACCAAACCCUCAAGACAAGGUCCAUCCCACUAAGUCAGAGUUCAUCAGAGCCAAAUACCAGAUGCUGGCAUUUGUGCACAAGCUUCCCUGUCGUGAUGAUGAUGGUGUCACUACCAAGGAUCUCAGUAAGCAACUUCAUUCGAGUGUACGGACGGGGAGUUUAGAGACGUGUCUUCGGCUCCUGUCCCUCGGCGCUCAGGCCAACUUCUUCCAUCCGGAGAAAGGCACCACCCCGCUCCACGUGGCAGCCAAGGCAGGGCAGAUCUUGCAGGCCGAGCUGCUCGUCGUGUACGGCGCAGACCCUGGAGCUCCUGACAUCAAUGGACGCACACCUAUGGACUAUGCCAGGCAGGCGGGCCAUAUCGAGCUAGCAGAGCGUCUGGUAGAGUGUCAGUAUGAGCUGACAGACAGGCUAGCCUUCUACCUAUGUGGCCGGCGUCCAGAUCACAAAAAUGGCCAUUACAUCAUUCCCCAAAUGGCAGACAGAGCUCGUCCUAAGUGCCCAACACAGAGUCUGGACCUCUCCGAACUGGCAAAAGCUGCAAAAAAGAAACUCCAAGCGCUCAACAACCGGUUGUUUGAGGAACUAGCGAUGGAUGUCUAUGAUGAGGUUGACCGCAGAGAGAAUGAUGCAGUGUGGUUGACGACACAGAAUCACAGCACUCUGGUCACAGAACGAAGCGCUGUCCCUUUUCUACCUGUUAAUCCUGAAUACUCUGCCACACGAAACCAGGGUCGCCAGAAGCUGGCCCGUUUCAAUGCCCGGGAGUUUGCUACGCUCAUCAUUGACAUCCUGAGUGACGCAAAGAGGAGACAACAGGGAAAAGGCCUCAGCAGCCCCACUGACACGCUGGACCUGGGCAUCGAUGACGACCAGCACGACUACGACAGCGUAGCCUCAGAUGAGGACACGGACAGCGAGCUGACCACCCAGAACAACAACACGCAACGCAGCAACCGUGCAAAGAGUAUGGACUCGUCAGACCUGUCGGACGGUCCGAUCACGCUGCAGGAGUAUCUGGAGGUGAAGAAGGCCCUGGCCUCCUCAGAGGCCAAGGUGCAGCAGCUGAUGAAGGUCAACAACAACCUGAGCGAGGAGCUCCGGCGGCUCCAGAAGGAGAUCAACCGGAUGCAGACAGAGAACAGUGCGCUCCGGGGGGGCCAGCAGGCUGGGGGGCCGGCCGGCCAUGGGGUCGGGGUGCCGGGCGGGGGCGGGGGCCACUGGCCGGGGGGUGGGAUGCGCGGAGGAAUGGCAGCGGGGGGUUUGGCCGGGUUGGGGCCGGGGACGGACCCCCCGGGGCUCUCCGUGCCGUCGUCGGCCGCCCCUCACUCCCACCCCCACCGGAGGGAACGCCAGGCCUUUUCAAUGUACGAGCCGGGGGCGGCCCCCGGCCCCACGGCCCACGGCCCCUCAGCCCUGGACUCCCUGACAGCCCGCCUGCAGCCCCUCAACACACUCAGCGUACGGAAGGGUGGUCCAUCAGCAUAUGGAAGCCCACACCUGUCCGGUUCCAUGGAGAUGGGGAGAUACAUGGUCAAACCAGAGAAGCAUGGCAGUGGCACAGACAGCGACUACGACAAUACGCAGACGUAUGAGCAUUCACUAAGUAUGGGUCGCAGCAGUGAGGAAGAAGGUCGUGGUGACUCUGAGGAGGGAGGAGGGGAGGCGGGAGAGCCAGACCCCACCCUGCCCUGCACGGAGGACGUCAUCCUGAAGACGGAGCAGGUGACCAAGAACAUCCAGGAGCUGCUCAGGGCGGCGCAGGAGUUCAAGCACGACAGCUUCGUUCCUUGUUCUGAGAAGAUCCACUCUGCCGUCACUGAGAUGGCGUCCCUCUUUCCCAAACGGCCAGCGUUGGAUGCGGUCCACUGCUCCCUCCGCCUGCUGGCCUCCAGUGCCUCGCGGCUGCAGGUGGAGUGUCGCAAGGCGGUGCCCUCGGAGCCCGGGGCCCCGGCCGUGGACUACCAGCUCCUCACCCAGCAGGUCAUCCAGUGCGCCUACGACAUCGCCAAGGCCGCCAAGCAGCUGGUCACCAUCACCACCCGCGAGAAGAAACAGUGAUGCCGAGGGAGGACGGAGCCAUGCAUGGGAGGGGCUUUCAGGAAAAGGGAGAACGAGGGACAACAAAACCACACUGUAGAUGGGAAGACGGGGAAGGUGGCGUGUUAGGAGAAGGAAAAGUUUAGAGGAUGCAUGAAAAGGAAUGAGAGGAAAGCAAAGAUUUUUUUCCUUUUUUCUUUUUUUUUUAUAAAUAUAAACACUACAAUGAACAGACAAAGGAGAAGAUCCACAAGUAGUAGGAAAGGAUGAGUGGAAGGAUCCAAAAUGGGAGCUACAGCCGGCAGCGACCCCACGAGCUGCUGUAAUCAGAUGUGUAUACCUAACCGCUGAAACUGUGACGAGCAUCCAAGACAAACGCUAGUGGCAAUGUACAGUGAACUGGAUCCUGGAAUGUUACCACUUUAUUUAUUCUCAUUUGUCACUCAUCGCCCCCUUCUUUUCCCCCUGUUGAACCCACCGGGGGAGGGCGGGGCGGGGGUCCGCCGCCCGUCUGCCAGAGGGAAGUGGAUCGGCCGGCCGUGCCUUCCCCACGCUGCCUCCGUCCUCUUUCCUCCUCUCCUUCCCCGAUGGUUGUUGGACCCUCUGAACUGAAACGAGCUCCCUCUGUCCACCGCCCCGUCCCAGGCAGGACGGGCUGGCGGUGCAGAGACGGACCCCCGCCCCGCUACCCCCCCACCCCAGCCAGCGGAGCUUCUACAGAGGCGUCCGACUCCCUCCCUCCCCUCUCCCCCCCUGUUUUUGGUGGUACACAGCAUGAUCUGGCAUGUUUUCAUUUCUUUCCCCUCUCCUUUUUAAUUUCUGGUAAAUAUGCAGAUCCGUUUGAGUCGCACAUCUGAGGACAGGAAUCCUUUUUUUACUGACUUAAACACUUAACACUGGAAUAAUUGUGAUUUAUUGUUAUUUUUUUCAUGUUUUUUUUUGUAUUGACAAUUUUACUGUCUGUCAUUUUGAUUUAACUGUAUGUUUUUUUUCAUUAUCUAAAGUAUGAUUUUCAUUUAGUUUAACAGGGAGACAGGGAGGACUGUGCAUCAACUUCUUACUGGGGUAUAAGCAGACAUAAAAACGUGUAAAAAGAACCUGUGAAGUGGUCCUCAACAAUUCUCAAACACUCCUUUUCAGGGUGACACUUGAUUAUUAUUAUUAUUAUUUUCUUUUCUUAUUGUAAUUUCUGUAAUGGCCAAGGGGUUGAACAGUUGCCAAAGGGGAGUGCGAGUGUCGGGGAACACUUUAUUAUGUUGUUUUUUUGUCCCCUGUCAGAGCGUAGGUCCCCUGGUGCACCGUGACCUGGAUCAAAAUGCUAUUUUUUUCUCAUGUCCUCAGCUGUUUUCUUUUUCAUUUGCUUUGAUUAUCUGUUUAAAUUUAGCCUCACUUGACAAGAGCCAGUGGAAUCAUCUCAGGAUCAGUCUCACGAUCAUUUGCAGUGCCAAGCAGGAGAAAAAAAACCAGUUUGAUCCAGUUUGUGUGAGAAGAUAUAAGGCCGUAUCUGGAGCAGCCGUCGUCUGCAUGUAUGAAUCUGGAGACUGGGAAAGGUCACGCAGUGAAACGCUCUGACUGGAGGGUUUUAUGAUAGAAAAUCUUCACGCCUGUUUUCAGUUCACCAUGUGUUCUUUUGACUUUUGGGAUUGUCUGGCAAGCACAAUCAAGCUCAAACUGUUUUCAGACUCUGGCGGCGCGCGGAUCUGGGCCACAGAUGUCUUUCCUAACCCCGUCUCCGUACUCUGCCAACUCUGCCAACAGGACACGGCAUUGGGAACAAUUUUCUUUCAAUUUUUUUUUUUUGUGUUUUCUCCCCUCAGUGCACUUACCUACCCUGCUGCGUGUCGAAAGCUCGAUGUAAUUUCUCCGAACAAAUAUGGUGAAAUCUGUAAGUGGAUGUAAACGGUUCCCCCCGAGCUCCCAGGACCGGCUUCAGAUUCAGCUCCGACCCUUCUCCGGCUCUGCGGUGGUUUCUAAGCGUUUGUGGGUUUAAUGGUUCCUGCAUUGGCCUGGUCUGUGAUCACUCUCCGAGGGCUUCUGCAUGUUUAAGUACUCACUUGAAACUCUGAAGGAUGAGAUCAAAAACAUACCGCUUCUCAGUAUACGCUGCCUUUUAAUGAGGCAGAUUUAGACUCUAAUUAGCUCUUUCUGUUCUCCUAACCCUGCUCCAGCCUCCCAGACUAUUAUUAUUACUUUAUUUUUAAGUGCUGACGGUCCAUGCUCCUCGGGCUUUCACAUGGUGGAAGACCUCUUCGUCUCCAUUAGACUCUUCCUGUGUCAUUGAUAUUGAAUGCCUUUGCACAUCUUCAUCAUUACCAUCAUCUCCUGUUUGACCGGCCGAGUUACGGUGAUCUUAAUUAACUGCUGAAACAAUAGAAAAAACUUCCUCAUACACAAAACAAACAUACUUUGGGAGGGGCAGUGGCUAAUCUGGCCCCUUCAAUUGUGAAUGCCCAUGUUUUAGACUAGAGCCAUAUAUAUAUAAACCUAUAUUUUCAUGCUAUAUUUUAUAUUAAGCUACAUGUUAGGGUUACGUUUGUGAGAUAUUUAUGUCUAUUUGUUGGCCUAAAAGGGCUUCAGGCUGCGACGACUGCUCACCGAGUCUUCAUUCAGCUCUUAAGUCUUGACACCUGAUGUACUUGUAGAUGUUUUAAGUAUUGUUCGGUUCCGCUGUGGUAUCACCCUCCCGUGUAGUCAGACUGUACAUAUCCUACUGAGUCAGAACCACGAACUGAGCUAGAUAGGUAAAUGUGGUCUUAGUUGCACUAUUUUCAAACACCAGCUGGUUGAAGUAGGAUCUGAAUUGCGUACUACACUCUCCAGAAGGUCUUUUGUUCAAGUACAUUAGGUGCAGGACACGGGAUUUGAUUUGGGAAAGGUCUGAAGCACACUUUGGCGUAGCACUACGGUCAUCUCAAAAGGGCGGGACGGAGGUCUCCAUCGCACACGGCCUCGUCCCCCCUCUAGUUCAGACACUACAUAAGGUGCCUCUCGUGUGAAUGUUGAAACGCUUCCAUUAGCUCAUGUCACUCAAAGUUAACACACUAUUACAUCCCGAAUUUAGCACACACUUUCAAACAUCAGACACGACACCAAACCUAUCGGUUGGACCAAUCCACGCUCAAGGACUCACCUUAACGUUGCAGCCGCCCGCGCACACGCUCUUCUGUUGUCGGCCACUGGGGGCGCCGCGUAUCCUCAGCUCUGCGCUUUGGGAGAUGGGUGACGUGAGUUAUCUUUUAAGAGAAAACAUUAAAAACUGUAUAGAGUAAAGAAUAACUUAAAAAGAAAAAAAGGUCAAUUGUAAUGGAAACUCAUAAGCUGUACAUUUGUAAUAAAAUAAAACAAUUUAAUUGUCCAA